CCGACGAGCUCUGCAUGCCGUUAAAAGAGAAUCAGCUGAUCAGAAAGUUUACAGAUCAUCAGAUCAUCAGAGAGCUGCAGACACCAUGCUGUGUGUUCUGGUGUGUGUGUUGUGUCUCUCCGGUCUCGUCCACUGCGGUCCGUCUGUCCUGAGACGCUCUGAUAAACUGCACCAGAACCUGGACCCUGAAGUGCACAUGAACAUCACGGAGAUCAUCCGCUGGUGGGGUUACCCUGCAGAGGAACACGAGGUUGUGACGGAGGACGGGUACAUCCUGAUGGUCAACAGGAUCCCACAGGGAAUCAAACACACGUCAGGGUUUAAAGGGACCCGAGGUCCGAGGCCGGCCGUCUUCCUCCAGCACGGCCUGCUGGCCGCCGGCAGCAACUGGAUCACCAACCUGCCAGACUCCAGUCUGGGCUUCGUGCUCGCCGACGCCGGCUACGACGUCUGGAUCGGAAACAGCCGAGGAAACACCUGGUCCAGGAAACACCAGAGCCUCACACCGGACCACGAGGACUUCUGGAGCUUCAGCUAUGAUGAGAUGGCUCUGAAGGAUCUACCAGCUGUUGUAAACCACAUCCUGAAGGUGACGGGUCAGGACCAGAUCUACUACAUCGGACACUCUCAGGGAACUACUUUAGCAUUCAUAGCGUUCUCUACGCUGCCAGAACUGGCCAGUAAGAUCAAGUUGUUCUUCGGUUUGGCUCCCGUAGCAACCAUCAGUUUCUCCGCCAGCGCGAUGACCAAACUGUCCGUCCUGCCCGACUUCCUCAUCUGGGACCUGUUUGGUAGGCGGGACUUCCUGCCUCAGAGUCACAUGAUCAAGUGGUUUGCAGAGAACGUUUGUGCGAAGCAGCUGCUCAGUGAGUUGUGUGGGAACCUGUUCUUCGUUCUCUGCGGCUUCGAUGAGAAAAACCUCAACAUGACCAGGACUCCAGUCUACACUGAACACUGUCCUGCUGGGACCUCAGUCCAGAACAUGAUCCACUGGGCCCAGGCGGUUCAUGGAGGAAAGCUGAGUGCCUUCGACUUUGGAGCUGCAGGAAACAUGAAACACUACAACCAGUCCACUCCCCCUCAGUACCACGUCCAGGACAUGAAGGUUCCCACCGCUCUGUUUUCAGGGGGACAGGAUACGCUGGCGGACCCAAAAGACGUGGCGGUCCUCCUCACUCAGGUGCCUAACCUGGUCUUCCAUGAGAACAUUGAUCACUGGGAUCAUCUGGAUUUUAUUUGGGGUCUUGAUGCUCCUGAACAGAUGUUUCCCUCCAUCCUGAAGCUGCUGCAGAAAUACCAGUAGAAUGUGUGUGUGUGUGUGUGUGUGUGUGUGUGUGUGUGUGUGUGUGUGUGUGUGUGUGUGUGUGUGUGUGUGUGUUUAUAGUCAGUGUGGAUCAAACUGGUACCUGAAUAAUCUGUAACCUGCUGCUCAUCAACACACCUGGACACUUCCUGUCUGUGUCCCAAUCCAGCGGCUGCAUCCUUCAGAGGACUCAGCCUUCAGGGUCUACGUAGACCACGUCCUCUGAAUACCGUGAAGGCUCGACCAAGCGCUCUCUGAAAUAAGACGGUCUGGUCGACAGAGGAUUUCCUGUUUGUCAUUUUAACAUAAGUGUGAUCUGAUCAGGUCUUUUUAGUUUUAACACUUGUAUCUGUAGAUAUUCACGUGAGUUAAAACUCAUUAAUUACAUUUAAAUGUGAAUUCUCCCGCUGCUGGUCCACUAGUCGCCAUGUCAUUAAAAAAAAAAAAAUAAAUCAACUUCACAAUGAAUGUUGGGAUAUGUUAGGCCGUGAAGGAUCCAUCAGUUGCGUUAGGAGUCUUUGAAACGAGGCGCUGUGACGCAUCGUCUACAAACGUUACGGAAGGAUGAGACGCCGGGUCGGGACACUUCCUGUUUGCUCAUCAACACACCUGAACACUUCCUGUUUGCUCAUCAACACACCUGAACACUUCCUGUUUGCUCAUCAACACACCUGAACACUUCCUGUUUGCUCAUCAACACACCUGAACACUUCCUGUUUGAUCAUCAACACACCUGAACACUUCCUGUUUGCCCAUCAACACACCUGAACACUUCCUGUUUGAUCAUCAACACACCUGAACACUUCCUGUUUGCUCAUCAACACACCUGAACACUUCCUGUUUGCCCAUCAACACACCUGAACACUUCCUGUUUGAUCAUCAACACACCUGAACACUUCCUGUUUGCUCAUCAACACACCUGAACACUUCCUGUUUGCUCAUCAACACACCUGAACACUUCCUGUUUGAUCAUCAACACACCUGAACACUUCCUGUUUGCUCAUCAACACACCUGAACACUUCCUGUUUGAUCAUCAACACACCUGAACACUUCCUGUUUGAUCAUCAACACACCUGAACACUUCCUGUUUGCUCAUCAACACACCUGAACACUUCCUGUUUGAUCAUCAACACACCUGAACACUUCCUGUUUGCUCAUCAACACACCUGAACACUUCCUGUUUGAUCAUCAACACAUCUGAACACUUCCUGUUUGCUCAUCAACACACCUGAACACUUCCUGUUUGAUCAUCAACACACCUGAACACUUCCUGUUUGCUCAUCAACACACCUGAACACUUCCUGUUUGUUUUGGAGCAAAACUCUUAUUUAGACUGCUGAAUAUGAACCAGUUUUUUGAUUAAAUCGUAAACACAAUGACAGGUUUUAUAAAGUUUAUUUUGAAAUAAAAAGCUGAAUUUGAAAUGUAUAAGAUGAUCUACAUGAUACAUUCUUAUUUACAAACACUUUCUACUCCAAUUUAUUCAUCAUCUGACGGCUUUAAAGCUUUUUAAAACAUCAUGACAUAUCGCUUUUGUUCCAGGGUUUGUGCUAAGCUAGGCUAACGUUGUUGUUUACUUUGUUGUAGGACCAAUAAACAUUAAGAGGACCUUUUAAAAACCAGAGAGGUCGAUUAAUUCACUUUAAAACGUUUUAUUUUAUCUGUCAAAAUAAAAGCAUGUGU